UAGACGCUCCUUUUACAAGAACGACAGAGAUUUGUAUUGCAGCUGAAUCGGUCCACUCCACCUGUCCCCAAUCCACAUGCUGCAACUCUUACACUUUAUUCUUGUUUAAUUCAACCAAAAUGCACUCCAAAUUUCCCCAAAAAUAGCAAUCGCAUCACACACAGUUUCGAUUACGAAUCCAUUUUUGAUCGAAAACGCAGUUUUGGUUAUUUCAAUGGCGAAGACGAUGAAUCUAUCAACUGCGAUGUCCAUAUCGGGCGUAAAAUCAAAUCCGAAUCGUCUCUCUUCUACGAACAACGUCGGUCAAUUAUUCUUUCUCUGGACCCGUAAAACAAUCAGCACUAGACAGAACUUGGCGGUUAAAUCCGCCAAUAUUGUUGACCCAUUCCGAGGCAUAAGUGAGAAUAGGGAAAAAAUUGAUUCUAGUGAUGUUACCAGUGACUCUGGAAUAUUUUCUACUGAUUAUGGUCAGGGACUGGCACAGGUCAAUUUAAAUGAUCGAAGAAAAACAAAGAUAGUGUGUACAAUUGGUCCUUCCACCAGCUCACGUGAAAUGAUAUGGAAACUGGCUGAAACUGGAAUGAAUGUAGCGCGUUUAAAUAUGUCUCACGGGGACCAUGCUUCUCAUAAGAAAACCAUUGAUUUGGUAAAAGAAUAUAAUGCUCAGUUUGAAGAGAAGGUUGUGGCCAUAAUGUUGGACACCAAGGGACCCGAGGUUAGAAGUGGCGAUGUGGUGCAACCGAUUUUGCUCAAGGAGGGACAGGAGUUCUGUUUUACCAUCAAAAGAGGCAUCAGCAGAGAAGACACUGUCAGUGUUAAUUAUGAUGGCUUUGUAAAUGAUGUAGAGGUUGGGGACGUUAUACUGGUGGAUGGUGGGAUGAUGUCAUUAGCUGUGAAAUCAAAGACAAAGGAUUUAGUUAAGUGUGAAGUAAUUGAUGGUGGCGAAUUAAAAUCAAGGCGCCAUUUAAAUGUGCGUGGGAAGAGUGCAAAUCUACCUUCUAUAACAGAUAAAGACUGGGAGGAUAUUAAAUUUGGUGUGGACAAUGAGAUUGAUUUCUAUGCUGUUUCGUUUGUGAAGGAUGCUAAAGUGGUCCACGAAUUGAAACAAUAUCUCAAAAGCUGUAAUGCAGAUAUUCACGUGAUUGUUAAGAUUGAAAGUGCAGACUCUAUACCAAACCUUCAUUCUAUCAUUUCUGCAUCAGAUGGGGCAAUGGUAGCCCGUGGCGACCUUGGAGCUGAACUUCCAAUUGAGGACGUCCCCUUAUUGCAGGAAGACAUAAUAAGAAGGUGUCAUAGCAUGCAGAAACCAGUGAUAGUAGCCACAAACAUGCUGGAGAGUAUGAUUGAUCACCCUACCCCUACAAGGGCAGAAGUUUCUGACAUUGCGAUAGCUGUACGUGAAGGUGCAGAUGCCAUUAUGCUGUCAGGUGAAACUGCCCAUGGGAAAUAUCCAUUGAAGGCCGUUAAAGUAAUGCACACUGUGGCACUGAGGACUGAAUCAAGUCAACCAUUCAACAGCACACUGCGAGGUCAAUUUGUUGCCCAUGAGAGCCAUAUGGGUGCAAUGUUUGCUUUCCAAGCCACCACAAUGGCCAACACCCUGGCUGUUCCAGUCAUUGUUUUCACAAGAACAGGGUCCAUGGCUAUACUUUUGAGUCAUUAUCGGCCAUCCUUAACAAUAUUUGCUUUCACGAAUGUAGAGAGGGUGAAGCAGAGGCUGGUUCUUUAUCAUGGUGUGAUGCCUAUAUAUAUGCAAUUUUCGAAUGACGCAGAGGAGACAUUUUCUCGAGCUUUGAACCUUUUAUUGAGCAAGGGCCUAGUGAAGGAAGGACAAUAUGUGACUCUUGUCCAAAGUGGAGCACAACCCAUCUGGCGUCGAGAAUCUAUCCACCACAUUCAAGUUCGCAAACUCCAAACUUGAUUCAUCUAUUUAUUGGUCUCUGGGGGUGUAGAGGAUCAAUCGAAGAGUAAUGUGGUCCUAUUGGCUCAAGGGAAAUGUUUGCAGUUGAUCAAAUUUGCUAUGGCCUUUGUUCUUCAUUGAAUUUCUUUAAGAAAUGAAGUUACUCUGUACAGGAUAGGAUUCUAAUCACGGACUUAAAAUUAAUAUUCUUGUAUUAUUGUCAUUUCGUUAAAACAAUUGAGAAAUUUUCUCUGUAUAUAUAUAUUUUGCCUUAAAUGGAAUUUGCAUA